AUGUCCGCCGCCACCGCCGCGCUCCGGCCAACCGAGCCGUUCCCUCUCCCGAGCGGCCUAUCCCUCGCGCGGCGCCUGAAGCUGCUCCUCUCCUUCUCCCGCGCCGACCUUUCCGUGAGCCCCGUCGACGAGUGGCAGCUCAAGUCCGCGCUCCUCGCCUUCCUCCGCAACCCGCCGCUCUCGCUCUCCCUCCUCCAAGACUCCGACCUGUCCGUCAGCCGCCUCCCGGACCUGCAGAAGCGCCGUCGGGACGAUCCCGUCGCCUCCGGCAUCCUGUACGUCCGCGAUCUUUCCUUCCUCCGCCCAAGCAACCGCACAGGAGACGACGAAGCCGAGAAGAUGACCCCAGAGCAGGAGGAGAAGAAGUACUCACAGUGGCGGAGCUCCCUGAUCGAGAAGCUCGAUGGCAUCGAGCUCAACCAUAAGGGGGUUAUGUACCGGAUGAGUGCCGAGAUCCCCGCCUCAGAUGACUUCAUGGCCAUGAAGAAGUCAUGGGAGGAUUUUUACGCCUCCGAGCUCUUCAGUACUAGGAAUCCGGUGAGGAAGAUAGCAAAAAGACCAGAUACAAUUCUUGUGAGAGGUGUGCCGUCCAGGUGGUUUGCGGAGACGAGGAUAUCGUCGAAGGCGUCCACAUUGGUCACCCACACUAUCUUCUCAGCUCUUGGUAAAAUAAGGACCUUAAAUAUUUCUAAUGAUGAUGAAUUAGAUGAAAAAAAAGAUGAGACUAAUAAGGGUCUCAUAUCUGGACUCAAUUGUAAGGUGUGGGUGCAAUUUGAGAAUUAUGAUGACUUCCACAAUGCAAUGAAGGCAUUAUGUGGGCGGUCAUUAGAGAAGGAAGGAUCACGGUUGAAAGUGAACUAUGAUGUGACUUGGGACAGGGAAGGUUUCUUUCGUAAUACACAAUACGAGCCUGCACAUAACAAACUAGAAGAAAUAGAUGCACCGGUACAUGGAAGGAAGAAACAUUACACCUCGCGAAUCGAAUCAGAUCAUAGGAAGAGAUUCAGGGUAAGUUACCAUGUCAAGUUUUAUGCCAAAAGUUUUCAACUCUGA